AUGGGCUGUCUGCUGGCCCUGCGGACCCUUCUGGUCCUCGGCCUCGUGAGCGGACCGCUGGCGGAGAGCUCCCCGGCCCUGAACCGGACGGCGGACCGCUGGGAGGCCCUCUACUCGCGGUCCCUGGCGCGGAUCCCGGGGGAGAGACGGGAGGCGGCCACCGGGGACAGCGACUACCUCCUGGGCAUUAAGAGGUUCCGGCGUCUCUACUGCAACGUGGGGAUCGGCUUUCACAUCCAGGUGUUACCGGGCGGCAAGAUCACGGGAGUCCACAGCGAAAAUCGUUACAGCCUCCUGCAGAUCUCUCCGGUGGAGCGGGGCGUGGUCACGCUGCUGGGCGUGCGCAGCGGCUGCUUCGUGGCGAUGAACGGACGAGGGAAGCUGUACGGCUCGCUCCACUACAACGAUGAGUGCAAGUUCAGGGAGAACCUCCUGGCCAACAACUACAACGCCUACGAGUCCGUGGCCCACCCGAGGAUGUUCAUAGGCCUGAGUAAGAACGGCAAAACAAAAAGAGGAAACCGAGUGUCACCCGCCAUGACAGUGACACAUUUCUUGCCAAGAAUCUAG